AACCAAGCAAAAGCCUACCAAAAUGAGCUACAUCUCAAUUUUUUCCUUCCUCUUUUCUCUUCUCUGCAUACUUACCAUGACCUAUGCCACCACUUUUAACAUCCGAACAGCUACCCAUGCGCUGUAUGGGUUGCUGCAGUCCCUGGUGGUGGUAGGCGUCUCAACCGUGGUGAAACCUGGCAAAUCAAUGUGGCCACUGGCACAACACAAGCCCGCAUUUGGGUUCGAACCAAUUGCCAAUUUGAUGGCUCUGGAAGAGGCAAAUCCCAAACAGGGGAUUGCCAAGGACUCCUGGAAUGCAAAGCCUAUAGAUCUCCACCCAACACGCUGCCUGAGUACGCCCUUGGCCAGUUUAACAAUCUGGACUUCAUUAACAUAUCCAACAUCGACGGGUUUAAUGUCCCCAUGGAGUUCAGCUCCAACUCUCCCAGUGCAAUCGUGCGAUCAAGUGUACUGCAGACAUUAUGGGACAGUGCCGGGCCCGUUGAGGGUACCAGGAGGGUGCAAUGGACCAUGGCCGGUGUUCAAGACAGAGGAAUACCGUUGCAAUUCUGGUAAAUGUCGACCUACAAACUACUCUAGAUUUUUUAAGGAAAGGUGUCCGAAUGUUUACAGCUAUCCUAAAGAUGAUAAAACCAGUGUGUUCACUUGUCCGCAUUCCAUGUGCCAUGGCCCAGUGGCCACUUGCUGUCCCAAAAGACAGUCCGUUGUUUGCACUCUCCAGUCUCGGAUAGGUAGAAGGCUGUACCAAUAGAAAUAUGUGUGGAAAAAUAGAAACUUGAAAAUGGCUAUAGUUAGUCAUUUUGAGCACAUCUCCUGAUGUAGUGAUGUGCCCUCAUGCUGUUGUUCCAAUAAAUUAAAUAAUUCCACUCUAU